CAAUACACAAUUUCCAUUUAUAUCUGUACUAUCGUAACAUUAAAUUGAUUUACAGCUUACUUAAUUAUUUUUUACCUUCUCUUCCAAAAUAUAGUAAAAAAAAAAAUGUUAACGCAGUUUUUUACUAGAUUAAGUGAAAAUUAUAUUGAAAUUUUAAAUGAUGAUGAAUAUUAUGAUAUAACAAUUGAAGUUGGUAAGGAUCCAAAUGUAAAAAUAUUCCGUGCGCACAUGAUUAUCCUGUGUUACCGCUCUCCAUUUUUACGACGAACUUUAAUUUCAAAUAAAAAGAAUAACGAUAGUAUUUUGACUCAUAUUAAUUUAUCAGAUAUUUCACCUGAAAUCUUUCAAAUUAUUUUAGAAUAUAUUUACGGUGGUAUAAUUUCUUUUAAUGAGCAAGAAACUUUAAAAAUUUUAAAUGUAUUGGUUGCUGCUGACCAACUUCAACUUCAAGAACUAGUUGAUUAUUUACAGAAAUAUUUAAUUGAAAAUAAAGUUGAAUUAAUGAAACAAAAUUUUGGACUUGUUUAUCAAACAAGUUUUCAAUCUGAUUCUUUAUUAGAUCUUCAACAAUUUUGUAUAGAUUGUAUGACUAAACAUCCUCAAAAAAUGUUCAAGUCACUUGAUUUUACUUCACUUUCUGAAAAAUCUUUGGUUUCACUUAUUAAAAGGGAUGAUUUACAAAUGAAAGAAGUUGAAAUUUGGGAUCAUGUUUUAAAAUGGGGACUUACGCAAAAUUCUUCUCUUAUUUCAGAUCCUGAUACUUGGACGGAUGAUGAUUAUGAAAUGAUGAAAAAUACUUUACAACUUUGUUUACCUUUAAUUAGAUUUUUUAGUUUAUCAUCUGAAGAAUUUUUACAAAAAGUUCAUCCAUAUAAAAAACUUUUGAAACCUCAACUUUAUGAUGAAUUAUUUAAAUCUUAUUUGAACCCUAAUAUUGAACCAAGCAAAGAUAUACUACUUCCUAGAUACAGGAAUGUUGAUGGAAUUAUUGAUUCAAAAAUUGUUAAUUUAAAUAUUGUUUCUCUAAUUUCAAGGUGGAUAGAUAAAUUGGAUAUUAAAAGUAAAUUUGCUUAUGUGAGAGAAUUAUACUUACCAUAUAAAUUUAAAUUAUUAUUAAGAGGAAGUCAAGAUGGUUUCACUCCUAAAAAAUUUCAUGAAUUAUGUGAUAAUUUACCUUGUACUGUUAUAUUUAUCAAAGUAAAAGGAACGGAUGAAAUUAUUGGAGGAUAUAAUCCUUUGAUUUGGAAAUGUUUGAAUGAUGAAUAUGGUGAAACAAAGGAUAGUUUUAUAUUUUCUUUUAAAAGCGUAAAAGGAGUUGAUUCAGAUGAAUAUCAUCGUAAUUAUUGUGGAAAAUAUAGGUAUGAAAAAGAGAUAAGGAAUACAGAAGAUGUAUUCUCAAUAGAAGACUAUGAAGUAUUUCAAAUUGUAAAAAGUUAAGCUGUAUUUAAUCUUGUUCUUAAAGUUGUUAUGAGAUUAAUUGUAAACGUACAUGAAUUUUGAUGAUUUAUUUGGUCUUAUUUUUUAAAGAAAAAGUAGCUGAUUACUAAAAGAUAACUGGCAGGUAAAUAAAAAAUUUUCUGAUUCAUCAAUUAUUCUGUAGGUUAUAAUUCGCCAUAAAUGUAAAAUACAAAUAUAAAAUAACCAAAUUUAUUAGCCCGAUAAUGAGAAAUGAAUGAUUGUAAUUUGUCUAAUUUAU